CUAAGAAAUCUGAAAAGAGUUGGUUCUACUGAAAUGCGUAUAACCGGCGGCGCAAUGUUCGCUGCCAAAAGGGGUAGACGAGUGAUGUGAAAAUUGUCAAAUAUUUUGUGCGAGGUGGUGUCUUGCGGUGAAUUUGAUAGUGUCGCAAAAAAACGUCGCAAUGUCCAGUACUCUGGAGAAUAAGAUCUUAAAUUUGCAAGAACGUCUUAGAGCAGAAAAUGAAUCAAGAGAUAGAGAUAGACAGAACAGCGAGGUUGGACCAGGAACGAGCCUUCAAUCGUCAUCUUCGGGAUCUGUCUCAAGUUCUGCUUCACGUCCUCCAAUACCAACAUUGAAAGUCUCACAAAUACCUCCAAAGAAACAAGAUAGUGAAUUUGAAUCAAAACUACAAGAAAUUAUGAAAAUGAAUGGUAUUUUAAAUAUUAAUGGUCAAAGGUACCAAACUGAAAUGAAAGACUUAGAGCACCUAGGUGAAUUGGGAAAUGGUACCUGUGGUCAUGUUGUAAAGAUGAGGCAUAAACCUAGUGGUGUACUCAUUGCUGUCAAGCAAAUGAGACGUUCUGGUAAUGCAGAAGAAAAUAAAAGGAUAAUUAUGGAUCUUGAUGUUGUUUUAAAAUCACAUGAUUGUCCAUAUAUUGUGCAAUGUUUGGGUUGUUUUAUUACUGAAUCUGAUGUAUGGAUUUGUAUGGAAUUAAUGGCAACUUGUUUAGAUAAAUUAUUAAAAAAAACGAGACAAGCAAUGCCAGAAGAAUUUUUAGGAAAAGUUACAGUAGCAACAGUAAAAGCAUUAUCAUAUUUGAAAGAAAAGCAUGGUGUAAUUCACAGAGAUGUAAAACCUAGUAACAUACUUCUUGAUGAAAGGGGAGGAGUUAAAUUAUGUGAUUUUGGUAUAUCUGGUAGACUAGUUGAUAGUAAAGCAAAAACUAGAAGUGCAGGAUGUGCUGCUUAUAUGGCUCCUGAAAGAAUUGAUCCUCCUGAUCCAACUAAACCAGAUUAUGAUAUAAGAGCAGAUGUUUGGAGUUUGGGUAUCACUUUAGUUGAAUUAGCUACAGGAGUAUUUCCUUACAGAGAUUGUAAGACUGAUUUUGAGGUAUUGAGCAGAGUAGUACAAGAUGAUCCUCCUUCCCUUCCAUCAGAUGCAUCGUUUUCUAAGGAAUUUAGAAAUUUUGUGAGUUGUUGCCUUACAAAAAAUUAUAAACAUCGUCCAAAAUAUCAUAAACUCAUGGAACAUCCUUUUAUUCGAAAAUAUGAUGUACCACAAGAUGAAGAAACAAACUCUUCAGUUCUAAAUUCUAGUUGCCAAUGGUUUGGCAGAGUUAUGCAACAAUUGGAACCAAGUUUCAGAUUGCCAGGGUGGCAGCAGCGAAUCACGGGUCAUGUAUCUCUAAAACAAACAGCUCAUCUCAGGGCUCAAUCUGAAGUACCAGCUUUCCUACGAAGCAAUGUCACCAAAGACUCACAAAACUCCAGCUUUUUGCCAUUUCAUCAACGAUCAAAUAGUGAGAAUGGUGCGAACUAUGUAUCUUAUAGUCCAUACGCUCUUAGACGAAAGGAAAUUUCCAGGCCAUUUUCUCCUCCUUCGUCGAAUGAGGCGGAUAUAUCAGAAACGAAUUUUCAACGACCAUAUUCACCUUAUAAACAACAUGUCGAUCAAAAUAGGGAUUAUUCUUCGAAUCAUUGUUCUAUUAAUGGACAAGGUAGACAAGAAGGAAGACCGUUCUCUCCAUAUCGACAAGAUUCUAGUACAAUAGAAGGAAAUAGACUUUAUUCACCAUAUCAUGGACGCUUUACGGAAGAUCGAGAUACCAGUAAGGAAAGAUGGCAAGGUGUCUCUAGAUCUUUAAGUCCAUUUGCUCGAGAUUAUUCACCAUGGAGGAGAGAAAAUGUUGAUCCUCCAAAUGUAAUACAAUCAACUGAAAGUGGACGUUAUUCUCCAUUUCUUCAACAAAGAUUAGGACAAACUCCAUCUGUGCCUCAAACUCAUCCACAAACACAAGAUAUUUAUGGUAGUCCUAUGAUUAGUCGUAAAAGGUUUCCUUCUGAGCCUCCUCCACAAGGAUCUCAUGGUUCUACUAGCCCUGAAUUAUUAAUUUCUCGUUUUGCUCAUCAAUUAAAACAAGAACCUUCAUCUGCUAUGCCACCUGUUCAGGGUGGAUCUAAAGAAUCUGCCAAGAAGCGAUUUGCUUCUUAUGUUCGUCUUAGACUUGGAAGUGAACGUGCUCCUUCGCCAGAACCUCCACCAAGAUUAAGUCGUGGUGAAUCUCCUCUUGCCCUUAGAAGGAAUUUAAUGGAUCAAGCCUCUCCUUCUUUCGCACGAAGGUAUGUUUCAUCUUCUCCGCCUCAACCACCACCAAGAAGGUUAUCGGAAAGUAAUUCCGUACCUGGUAGCCCUCAACAUGUACGAGCUCGAUUACGUUACACUCCUGAACCGCAGAGGAGACCUCCGCCUCCAUAACCCACCGUUACGAUUAAAUCAUAUUCUUUGUUGGUGCCAUAUGCGAUAAAAGUAAUUGAAUUAAUUACAUGUAUCACGUAGAACCGUGUUAUAAUCAACAAUGGUUGUGCAUACAAGUGAUCUGUGCACAAUAUACUUGAAAACAAUUCUAAACCAAAAAAUAGUUGUUUGUAAUACUCGGUGAUAUUGUGAAUUCUAAUGUACGUGUUUGAAUCAUGGACUUAAAUACGUACUAUCUAUAAUGUUAUUAUUGAACAUUGAAAUUGUUCGCAAGUAUAAAAAGAAAGGUAGACUCCUAAAUUCGAGAGGACGGUCUUUGGGAUUCAUUUUUGCACGAUUUCCGUGGCUGUAACGUACCGCGUUGAACUACUUUGUCAAUAAUUCUCUUAUCGACGUGUAUUUAUAUAGAAUGCAAUCACUGAUGCAAUACGAUGCUCAACUUUUUAUAUUGCUUGUAAAGAUAUAAAUGAAUGUAGUAUGUUCGACGUUUUUUUAAAAAAAAAUUAAUAAAAAAUAAAAAAUAAAAAGAAUUAGAAAAAAGAACAAAAAAAGACUAAAAGAGAAAAGGAAAUCGUUAUUAAGGGAUGCGGCAUCGUACUGAACGCGUAAACCGUUCCUAUCAUUCUUCGUUUACGCUUCUUUUCUUAUCGAGAGACAAGUGAGAGUAUGUGAAACCAAACUUGUAAAGUAGUUUUCUCGUCCUCGGGCGGCCUUGCAGUAUCUCUGCAAUUUGACUUAGAUAUGAUGAUUUUUCACAUUUCAUUAUCGUUUGUAAAAUAAUAUCAAACGCAUACAGCGAUCACUGAAUUAAUUGAGUGAAAACCAAAUCGUAAAAAAUAUUAAAACGACGUUUCCGUAAAGAAAGCACAAUAUUCACGUCUCCUAGAUUCUACGAGUUUCAACAAAUGUAUAUUAUUUAAAUAAGAGGCGUGUUUGGGCUAGUACGUUGUAAUUAUUAUUUUUAAUUAACAUUUAUUCAUUAACUUUGUUCAGUCUACACUCGUAAUCACCUUUGUCGCUUAUUUGACAAAUGGAUCUGUUGCAAUGUAAAUAAACUUAUAUUUAUACGAUA